AUGGCCACAAUGAUCAUCGCUUCAUCCAAACCAGUAAUCCGAAUUCCCACAAGCUCCCUCCCCACCACCCCCAAACUCCCCCUCCCAGCGAUCACCCCUAACCUCAAACUCCAUCUCUCCAAACUCAAAUCCCUAACCCUAGCCGCAACCCCCCUCUCCCUCCCCUUCUUCUUGGCACCCCCCUCACUCGCCUUCGAAAAAGCCGCGCUGUUCGACUUCAACCUCACUCUCCCCAUCAUCGUCGUCGAGUUUCUCUUCCUCAUGGUCGCCCUCGACAAACUCUACUUCACACCUCUCGGAAACUUCAUGGACGAACGUGACGCCUCCAUCCGAGGCAAACUGAACAGCGUGAAGGACACUUCCGAGGAAGUGAAGCAGCUGGAAGAUCAGGCCAAUGCUGUUUUGAGAGCGGCACGUGCUGAGAUCGCAGUGGCGCUGAAUCAGAUGAAGCAAGAGACGCAGGCUGAAGUGGAAGAGAAGAUUGCGGAAGGGAGGAAGAAAGUGGACGCGGAAUUGCAAGAGGCGCUGGCCAAUUUGGAAAAGCAGAAGGAAGAAACGGUUAAGGCUCUUGAUUCUCAGAUUUCUGCUCUUAGCCAGGAUAUUGUUAAGAAGGUUCUUCCCACUGCUUAA